ACAUUGGGUCCGAAAGGUACACCUUCAGUUUUACUAUUCGGGAUUCACCGACUUACUUUAUAAACGUAAAUUCUUGGGGCAGAGAAGAGUACAUUCGGUCACUUUCAGACAGCUUUAGAAUUGGCGACUGUGUUACAAUUGAAAACCCUCUAGUGCAGUCAAAGGAAGCAGAAAGGGAAGAAAAAUUCAACCCUGUAACUCCUAGUUGCUACAAAUUAUUGCUCAGUGAAAACCACUCCGUGGUCAAAACGGCUCCGUGUUAUGAAAUGGACACCCAGCUACUUUCGCUGUUGCAUCUGCCCAUCAAGGACCCUCAGGACUAUUAUUCACUGGGUGAUAUCAUUGCAAAUGGACAAAGUCUCGACGGAAGGAUCCUGAACGUGCUUGCAGCUGUGAUGUCGGUGGGGGAGCCAAAGUAUUUUAUAACUUCAGACAAAAGAAAAGGUCAAAGGUGUGAAGUAAAGCUGUAUGACGAAACAGAGGUGUCUUUUCCAAUAGUGUGUUGGGAUAAUGAAUCAAUCCAGCUUGCCCAGAGUUGGAUCCCCCGAGAAACAGUAAUAUUUGCAUCAGAUGUGAGAAUAAAUUUUGACAAAUUUCGGAACUGUAUGACUGCAACUGUGAUCUCAAAAACCAUCAUUACAACCAAUCCAGAAACAGCAGAAGCAAAUGUUCUCUUCAGCUUCAUAAAAGAGAGCGCACAAUCAGGAGCUUUCCAUGAGAAAAUGGAGGAGCAGUCAAAAGACUCCAUCAACCUGGAGACUAUAGUUGAUGUUUAUACUGUAAAAGAGCUGAAAGAAAAAGCUUUGCAGAGUGAUUGGAAACUGGAACCACUCUAUGGCGUUAUUUAUGGCUACAUUUCUACACUGGACAUUGAUGAUAAUGCAACUAAAAUUAUUCGUAACAGAUGCUCAGUAUGUCGUUUUCUGGUGAAUGAAAGGUCAAACACAUGCACUUUCUGCAGCGACAUCUCCUCCAAGUCAACUUUUGCAAGCUUUGACAUCCUGGUGGAUCUGACAGAUCACACGGGCACUCUUUAUUCUUGUUACCUGUCUGACUGUGUAGCUGAGGAGGCAUUAGGCUGCACAGUCCAUGAGUUCCUCGCUCUAACAGAAGACAAGAAGACUGCAUUGAAGUGGCAACUUCUCUUGGAACGAAGCAAGAUGUAUUUUAAAGUUACUUUGUCACCGAGUUGGAGAACCGGCCUGAAAGUGAAUCUUCUCUCAUGCAAGCUGGCAGACCCUGUAGAGGCCAGUCAGAGCCUGGGAAAGAAGAGAUUACCCUGCUAG